UAAUGGGGAUGAAAUCCAUUAAUGGUGAUGAGGAUUUUGCCUCCUUUUCCUUUGAAACCACUAGCUGAUUUGCUUAAUUCCCUUGUUGAUUUCCCUGUAAUUGUAUCGUUAUUUCGGAACCCUAAUCGUAGUUCUUCAUUUACUUCCUUUCAUUCUCUGAGGAAUUCUGUAGAAAUUGACCUACAAAAUGACCUAGCUUUAUACGAUGAAUUGGUUUCUUUCAAUAAAUUUGUUCAAUUCCAACCUCUUCCCUCCAUUAAAGACUUCUGUAAAUUAUUAACUCGUAUUGUUAAGAUGCAUCACUACUCUGUUGUUAUUUCCUUAAUUCAACGACUAGACGUUUUAGGAGUUAAAUCCGACAUUUAUGCGGUUAACAUCGCCAUUAACUGCUUCUGCCACCUGAAUAGAGUGGAUUAUGGUCUCUCUGUGUUUGGUAAAGCCUUGAAACGUGGUUACGAACCUGAUUGUGCUACGUUUAACACUUUGAUUAGAGGACUAUGUGCUGAUGGCAUGCUUGAUCACGCACUCCAACUGUUCGACCAAAUGCUUGAGAGUGGGUUCAAACCGAAUGAUGUAACUUACGGGACGAUGAUAUAUGGUAUGUGCAAAUCGGGGAACACGAGUGAUGCGAUUAUCUUGCUUAGAAAGAUAGACGAAGAAUCGAAGAGGGUUCGUUCACCUGGCAUUAUUGUAUAUAGCACCAUCAUCGACACCCUUUGCAAAAAGGGGAAAGUUAUUCAUGCUUUGAAUCUUUUCUCAGAAAUGAUUCAGAAAGGCGUAAUGCCGAAUGUUGUGACUUACAUGUGCCUGAUGCAGGGGUUAUGUGGUUUCGGAUUACGGGAAGAAGCCAACAGAUUGUUGGAUGAUAUGAUCGGUCGUAACAUCUCACCAGAUUUGCAGACGAUUAAUGUGUUAAUAACUGCGAUGUGUAAACAAGGCUGGGCAACCGAAUCACAUAGCUUUCUUGAUUUCAUGGUUGGAAGAGGUAUCAUCCCCAAUACCGUUACUUAUAACGCAUUGAUAAACGGAUAUUGUAUGAUUCAUAGAGUUGAUAACGCUAGGCGCUUGUUCGAUGUCAUGACCAGCCAAGGUUGCGCUCAUGAUGUUGUUAGCUAUAAUGUUUUGAUCAAUGGGUAUUGUAAGAACGAAGAGAUAGAUGAGGCAUUAGGAUUGCUGAACGAAAUGUCCCGAAAAGGGGUUGAUCCUAAUGUCGUUACGUACACUACUCUUAUUCGGGGUUUAUGUCUUGUUGCCAAACUUGACGAUGCCCUUAUAAUGUUUCAUAAAAUGCAAGAUUGCGGCCAGUUUGCUAACGUUGUAACUUAUAGUACUUUGAUAGAUUCCUUCUGUAAACAUGAAAGACUCGAUGAGGCUUUAGGUUUGUUUAAAACGAUGGAUUGUGCAGGGGUGGCGCCGGAUGUGUUUACUUUUACUAGCAUCAUCGAUGGGCUGUGCAAAGCCGGGGAACUCAAUACUGCAAAUGAACUCCUUGUAGAACUUUCUUCCAGAGGGUUAAAACAGAACGUCUAUACAUAUACUGCGAUGAUUGGUGGUUUUUGCAAGGGUAGGAAAUUGGGUGAAGCUAAAGAGUUGUUCUUGGAAAUGCAGGAUCGGGGUUGCCCGCCAAAUGUUCAUACGUAUACUGUUAUGAUUCGUGGGUAUUGUAGGAAUGGGGAACUGAACGAAGCAAAUGAGUUGCUCGUAAAGAUGCAGGAGAAUGGUUGUUUACCAGAUGGUUGUACUUAUAAUACCAUCAUCCAGGGAUUUCUCGUACACAAUGAGAUAUCAAAGGCGAUUCGUUAUCUUGAAAGAUUGAGGAACAACGGGUUCUCUGUAGAUGCAUAUACAGCAGCCUUGUUGCCGAGAUUUCUGUCGUGUGGACGAUUAGAAGAUUCAUGUAAGAAAGUUCUUGAAGUUUUUGUUGACGAUCAUCGUAGACCUUAACGACAUUGUGAAAGAAGGGUAGUUAAGGGGUAUAAAAGGUAUUGUGCAAA